UAAUUUGGAUAUUUUUUUCUCGUUUGGACAUGAUAUGAGUUCUGAACAGCAACUUAUUGUGCCUGAUUCUAGUUUAAUAAAAUACAAGUCACCUGUACGCAUAACUGAUAAACUAGAUUUACAAAAGUAUGACCAAAAGAGUGAUGAACUUUCUAUUUUGAGAGAAUCCCGUUCCCAGUCGUCUGCGGGACCACAUUAUAAUAAUAAAACUGGUGUCCUCUCUUUAAUUCCCACUCUAGACCCGAAUGCCGCAAGAACAGUUGAGUCAGCUGAAGGAAUUUUACGCAGUAUUAUGCCACCAAGACGUUUUGUCAUCGGGAACAGUCUGUAUGUACAAGAAGUGUCGUCGUGUCCAGCUUCUCGUAUAGAUGUCAUCCAACUUAUACAACAAUUAGACCAACAGCUUGAAUUACGUGGUGCUAAAAUGACUGGUAUCUGUCCAGUUCGUAGGGAACUAUUCACACAGGUGUUUGAUGAACUCAUACGUCAACUAACAAUACACUGUGCUGAAAGAGGUUUACUUUUGCUAAGAGUACGCAAUGAGGUAGCAACGACUUUGGCUGCUUUACAGUCAAUCUAUGCUUCGGGAGUUGUAUUUGGUUUGCAAAAGUCGGUAGCACGUGAAGCCGAUCGUAAAAGGCAGAAAAGUCGAAUUAGCACCUUAGAAAAAGAAAUAGGAUCAUUAAGAAAGAAGAUACAAAAAGAAGCACUCAACUGUCGGGCACUCGAAGAGAAAGAAGCUAACAGAUUGGCUGCUGCAACUCGUAGAGCUGAAGAGGAUGCUAAUUUUCUAAGAAAAGGUCAUGAUCAACUAAAAACACAACUAGAAGAUAUUCUGAACCAAUUUAAACUUGCAUCACCUUAAAUGGUAUUAUUGUAUAACAGAUUACUGGAAAAAGAAAACUGUAGCUUCUUUCAAUAAAUUGAUAAUGUAUUAUCAUUUGCUUCGGUGAGCUUGAUGUUAAACCUCAAGAAGUCGUUGAGCUAUUUCAUUGCUACAGGAUGAUUGUAGGUUUGCAACAAUUUAAAUAUUUUCAGUCAUAAUGGUAAUAUUUAAAAUAUA